GUGCUGUGGCGGUGGGUAGCUAGGAGGCCUGGGCGUCUCUGCCUGCUGUAGCCGUCUGCCGUGCCCCUGUUCCUGCAGCUGGAGGAGGAAACAGAGGUUCAGUGAAUUGCCUAGGGUCACACAGGGAAUUGGUGGAAGAGCCAAGUCUAAUGCCCAGAUUUCCAAACUGGGAGUCUUAACCCUUCAUCACUGCUACCUGAGCCACAUGGGAGAAGAUGGGCCACCUCCAUUCAUUUUGUCUGGGAACUGCAGGAACCGCAAUGAGGUUGCAGAAUUGUUAACAGUGAAAGCCCUCACAGGACUCAAGUCAGUACCCAGCACUUCAGGUCCAGUUAUCUUUUGACUGCCACAUAUGGACCCCAAAAGAUCUCAAAAGGGAACUGUCCUCAUUACAGGAGGAAGUGGCUAUUUUGGUUUUCGCCUGGGCUGUGCCCUGAACCAAAAGGGAGUCCAUGUGAUUCUGUUUGACAUCAGCAGCCCUGCUCAAACCAUUCCAGAAGGAAUCAAGUUUAUACAAGGAGACAUCCGCCACCUGUCUGACGUAGAGAAAGCCUUCCAGGAUGCAGACGUCACUUGUGUGUUCCAUAUUGCCUCUUAUGGUAUGUCAGGGCGGGAGCAACUCAAUCGAAAUCUGAUCGAAGAAGUCAACAUCAGGGGCACAGACAACAUCCUCCAGGCUUGCCAAAGGAGAAGGGUGCCCAGGUUAGUUUACACCAGCACUUUCAAUGUCAUCUUUGGAGGUCAAGUUAUCAGAAAUGGGGAUGAAUCUCUGCCCUACCUGCCUCUUCACCUCCACCCUGAUCACUACUCUCGGACAAAGUCAAUUGCAGAGCAGAAGGUGCUGGAGGCGAAUGGUACACCCCUGGACAGAGGCAACGGUGUCUUAAGAACCUGCGCUCUGAGGCCAGCUGGCAUCUAUGGGCCUGGAGAACAAAGACACCUUCCCAGAAUAGUCAGCUACAUCGAGAAGGGUCUGUUCAAGUUUGUCUACGGGGACCCCAGGAGCCUGGUUGAGUUUGUCCACGUGGAUAACUUGGUGCAGGCUCACAUUCUGGCCUCAGAAGCCCUGAGAGCUGACAAGGGCCAUAUCGCCUCUGGGCAGCCCUACUUCAUCUCAGAUGGCAGACCCGUGAACAACUUUGAGUUCUUCCGGCCUCUGGUUGAGGGCCUGGGCUACACAUUCCCAUCUACCCGCCUGCCAUUGACCUUGGUCUACUGCUUUGCUUUUCUAACAGAGAUGGUUCACUUCAUUUUGGGUCGACUCUACAACUUCCAGCCCUUCCUCACUCGCACUGAAGUUUACAAAACUGGUGUCACGCAUUAUUUUAGCUUAGAGAAAGCCAAGAAAGAGCUAGGUUAUAAGGCUCAGCCAUUUGACCUCCAGGAAGCAGUGGAAUGGUUUAAAGCCCAUGGUCAUGGCAGAAGUUCUGGAAGUCGUGACUCAGAGCGUUUUGUUUGGGAUGGGCUAUUGGUCUUCCUCCUGUUUAUAGCAGUUCUCAUGUGGCUGCCUUCUUCUGUGAUUCUGUCACUGUGAAGGAGGGACCAGAAAUAAGGUGAUCACAGUUGGCUGAGAUGGUUCUCAAGAAACAUGGGUUUUAAAAGGUGUACAGUGAGAUCUGGUGCCAAACAUCGGCUCUUCAAAUUGCUACUUAAGAAUAGGUUCUUGGAUUGAAUCUUUAUGUCUCAUUUCCUUGCACUAAUCCAGAUGGAAUGAAAAAAAAGAAGCAGAGAUGAGUUUGAAAUUUGAUUUGUUAUGUCCUUCUGUUUUAGGUGGGUACAACAGAAGUCAGUUUGGAGCCAUAGAAGUAGGCUUAGUUGAGUUGGAGAUGCCUGUCUUGAAUUUCUUAGAAGGCAAGAUAUACUUAUUUCCAUUUUAUGCACUCUGCAUCUACCUAAAACCUCUGACUGAUGUGGGAAUGGCAAAACACUAUCAGGCUUGAAAGCGUGUGAAAAACACCAAAUUGGCCCAGAUCCCUAACAGAGCAAUCCUCGAGGGGAUGGUGGCUGUUGCUGGAGAGGCAUUAGCUAUUCACAGGGUACGUUUUAGGUGUUAACUUUUGCCCUUUGUGAUAGCAGGGCAUUAUGCCUAUGUGAACACAUGGUAAUGUUUGAUGUUUAGGCCUUUAUUCUACCUCAUAGGAUUCUUUUGAGGAUUAAAUUCAAGCAUACAAAGUGCUCCUCAACACACAUAGCCAUUCUUUUUAUCAAAAUUGUCAUGGUACAUUCCUUAUGAGGGCUUUCUUCCUCAGUGUUCUCUUUAGAGGACUAUUGCUACCGGACUUUCUGCAAUGUCUUUGGGUGUGCCCUCAGAGCCUGCAACAAGUGUAUUUGGAUAUACUCUAUUUGUAAAGUUUAGGCCUCUGAGAAGGCCAAAAGGAAGCAACUAAAAAUCUGAUGAUUAAGGGAGUCAAUCAAGCUGAUGCCAUUUUUAGUUUAAAAAUGAAGCAGAGCUCUAAACUCAUAGACGGGUUUUCUUACUGGGAAGAAGUCUGGAUCUCUGAAGACAGCUUCCAGUGAGGAAUGUAUUGAACAGUGGCAGCACUGUCUGGCCACCCACAGACUGUUACAGAUGAUCCAGUUACACUGUUGCAUAGGAAUCCAAGUGGAAAGAAGACAGAGUCCAUGUCUGUCCAUGGCUCCAGCUACAGAAAGGAUAGUAUGGGAACAUUACAAGGGGGACACAUUACUGUGGAAAGUUCUGCUAGAGUUACUCUUGAGAGUACCUGUAACAUACAAAUAGACGAGCAAUCCCUGUUGAAUGCUGCCUGGAUAUUUUCAGAAAAGCUCUGAACUUGAUGUCAGAAUACCGACACCAUGAAUAUCGUGUGUGGCCUUAACCAAGGAACAGAAGCCCUUUAGAACUUAGCUUCCUCACUUGGGAGCUGGGACUGACUGCAUUUGCCCUUUCUAUAAACCCACCCACCUCAUAGGGUUCACUGGGAGCAUAAAGCAAGAUGUGGUGAAAGUACUUUUAAUAUAAAUUGCAACAUCAG